AUGCUCCUUCAAUGGGUAGACCACAUAAGAACCCGGGAAGUAGGGCUAGCAAGAGGUGCGCCUAGAGAUGCUGCUGUGAGGUUCGAGGGCAGAACACCUGCAAGGACUUAUGAUAUACGUGCCCUUGAAGAAGCUGAGUCUCCCGAUGUGAUUACGGGCACCUUUUCUAUCCAUGAUAUAUUUGUCAUUUCUUUGAUUGACCCAGGGUCUACCCAUUCUUAUAUCUAUAAUUCAGAGUUGUUAAAAAAGAAAGAAGAUAAUCAGCGUGUUAGAGACACUCAAGGCUCAAAACAAAAGUCAAAGCUCUUGAAAAUGGCUGAAAUAAACUCAGAACCAGCUGAGCAAUCCAUUUACAAUCGGAUAAACGUAUUGAAGGCUUUCGAUGAAACAAAAUCAGGAGUGAAAGGGUUGGUAGAUUCAGGUUUAUCAAAGAUUCCGACCAUUUUCAUCAACGAAGAGUACAUGCUUGAGAGAAACAACAACAUCCAUAACCAGAAAUCUGGAAGCUCCACCAACAAUGGCGGUAUCCCGAUCAUAGACUUGACCGGUAUGGACAAUGAUCCAAAUUUACGUCGUGAAAUAGUGAAGAAAGUUAGAGAAGCUUGCGAGAAAUGGGGUUUCUUUCAAAUUAUCAACCAUGGGAUUCCGGUGACAACUUUGGAUGAAAUGAUGGAUGGGAUUCGGAGGUUUCAUGAACAAGAUAAGGAAGCUAAGAAAGAGUUUAAUUCUCGAGAUAUAACCAGGAAAGUGUAUUAUAAUAGUAAUUUCGAUCUUUAUUUGGCUGAAGCAACCAAUUGGAGGGAUUCUUUGAAUUGCAUUAUGGCACCUCGUGGACCUCUUCCUCAACAACUGCCUGCUAUUUGCAGAGAUAUAUUCAUAGAAUAUUCAAACAAAGUGAUGAAAUUAGGGCAUACUUUGUUGGAAUUGUUCUCGGAAGCUUUGGGUCUGAACCUGAGUUAUUUGGAAGAUAUUGGGUGCGAUGAGGGACAGUUUAUGAUAGACAAUUACUAUCCACCGUGCCCUGAACCGGACUUGACAUUGGGCAUCAGCAGUCACACCGAUUGCGGCUUCUUCACCAUACUUUUACAAGAUCAAAUCGGCGGACUUCAAGUCUGCCAUCAAAAUCAAUGGCUUGAUGUUAAAUCUAUACAUGGAGCUCUUAUUAUAAAUUUGGCCGAUAUGAUGCAGUUAAUAUCCAAUGACAAAUUUAUUAGUGUCCAUCAUAGAGUGCUUGCUAAUACAAAAGGUCCAAGAGUUUCAGCAGCAAGUUUCUUUAGAACACAUCUUCCACCAGAGAAUGCUUCAAGGCUUUACGGACCAAUUAAGGAAUUGAUAUCUCAAGAAAAUUCUCCACUUUAUAGGGAAACUACUACUAAAGACUUCGUGUCAAUAUUCUACUCCAAAAGGCUUGAUUGUAAAACUCUUCAAUACUUUAAGUUAUGA